AUGGCAUCCUUCCAGUUCAGCAAGGACAAGCUCCCCAAGCAGCUCGUCAUCAACAACGAAUACGUCGACUCUAAGAACAGCAAAAAACUGACUGUCAACAACCCCAAGGAUGGCUCGCUAGUCGCCGACGACGUCCCUCUCGCCGGCGAAGCAGACGUUGACGCCGCCGUAGCAGCAGCAGAAGCUGCCUUCCCAGCAUGGAAAGCUACUACUCCCACCAAGAGACGCGACAUGCUCAACAAGCUCGCUGACCUUAUCGACGCGCACGCUAAGCCCCUGGCGGAGUUAACGAGGAUCACUUUGGGUGCACCUUGGGGCAGUUUCGGUUCCUUCGAGAUGACUCUCUGUGCUGAGACUUUUCGCUACAAUGCCGGCUGGACGGACAAGUUUGCGGGCGAGUCUCAUCCACAGGAGGAUGGGUUCAUGAAGAUUGUCCGGAACGAGCCUUUGGGCGUUACUGCAGGCAUCAUCCCGUGGAACGGGCCGGUUGGCAGUAUCGGUCUCAAAGCUGGCCCUGCUCUUGCGACGGGCAACUGCUUCAUCCUCAAGCCCAGCGAGAAGACUCCUUUCGCAGCUUUGGCGUUUCUGCCGUUGAUCAAAGAGGCCGGUUUCCCGCCAGGCGUCUUCCAGGUCUUAUCUGGUGAUGGCUCUACCGGCGCCCUGCUGGCCAGCCACAUGCGUGUGCGCAAAGUCUCGUUUACUGGCUCCAUCCCGACAGGCAAGAAGAUCCAAGAGAUGGCCGCCAAAUCCAACCUCAAGCGAGUGACCUUGGAGCUCGGCGGCAAGAGUCCAGCAGUCGUCUUCGACGACGCUAACCUGGAGAACGCCGUCACGUGGACCGUCAACGCCAUCACUGGCCACAGCGGCCAAGUCUGCUUCGCCGCCUCGCGAGUCUACGUACAAGAAGGCAUCUACGAGAAGUUCAUCGAGAAGUACAAGACUAUGUUCAUGGAAAGGACGAAGACGGCCGGUGAUCCAGACGCCGAGAGCACUAUCUUUGGACCUCUGGUCGAUCAGGCACAGUUCGACCGGGUGACUGGAUUCAUCCAGCGUGGGAAGGAGCAAAACCAGGGCACGCUUCUCACGGGAGGAGCGAGGAUUGGUGACAAAGGUUACUUCGUUGAGCCAACCAUCUUUACCGACGUCAAGGAGGACGCGGAGAUUCAUAGGGACGAGAUCUUCGGCCCAGUGUCGGUUGUGAGGACGUUCAAGACCGAAGAGGAGGUGAUGAAGAUCUCGAACGAUACUGACAACUUUGACUCGGGCAUGGUCGGCAUUAACUGCAUCUCACUGAUGAUGACUCAAGCUCCUUUCGGUGGUUCGAAACAGAGCGGUAUUGGAAGGGAAGCCGGCAUUGCCGCUCUCCGGGCAUUCACCGACACGAAGACCAUUAUGGUUAAUCUUACGUACUAG